AUGGCAGUAUUAGACUCCAAGGCAAGGGUGUAUGGAGUUCAAGGUUUGCGGGUGGUAGAUGCUUCGGCAUUUCCCGUCCUACCCGCAGGUCAUCCUUCGUCUUUAGUCUAUAUCCUCGCGGAGAAGAUUGCAGACGACAUUCUGAAAGGCAGAUAG